AUGCCCCGGCCAUCCUUGACGGAGACGGGAGGCGUUCGGAGAGCCAGUGCCUGGAGUCUCUUCAACUCCUGGGUCUCUCGCGAAGGUCUGUCAGAAAAACAGGCGGCCCGGUUUCGCAUCCGUGGCAAGCGGAUGCUGCGGACGGCAUCCGCCAUGAAGGUCAAGAACCACAAGAAGAGCAAGGACAUUCGCGAGCAGUUCGGGGCGAUGGCAAAGGCGGCCUACGAGGACAACCGCCAAAGGGCAGAGGCUUUCAAGACUGCCCGGAGCAAAGACUCUGUCUCGUUCGACGAACAGCAGGUGGAUCGUGCCCAAGACGAGGAUGCGGAGGCCAUAGCCGUUCGAGUGCAGGAGGACAUCGAGGCCGAUUGUGCUAGGAGGGACGUUCUCGAGGACUCCUGGACCUGGACGUUGGGCGUGUGGUCGACGGACCCGAUGCAGCGGGCGGCCGCAGGUGGCCUCGACGUCGCGGAGGAGUUCGCCGUUCUCGGGGCGCUUGGCCAGCACCCGAACGUCGUUCGAGCCUUCGCCGUUCUCAGCAGUUCGCUCGGAAGGCCAGCUCUGGUCCUCGAGUGGGCAACGGAGAGCCUGCAGCAAAUGGCUCGCAGGCUGAAGGACGACCGCCUGGAGACCUCGCCGGCCGGGCGACGGUCGCUGCUCAACCUCUUUCAGCAGUUCGUUGUCGGCCUCUCCUACGUGCACAGCCGCUCGUUCCUGCAUUUGGACGUCAAGCCCACGAGCAUCCUGGUCUUCGAUGGCGUUCGUGCAGCAGUUGCAGAUUUCGGCCACUCGGAGCACGUUUCGGACACUGGCUGCACGGUGAUCGGCAAUCGGGUCUACACCGAGGCCUUUCGCUGUGCGGAGUGCCUCAUGGCGGUCGAUCGGAAGGUACAUGUGACGUUCGCCGGCGACGUUUGGGCGGAGCAGACGGCCAAGGCCAUUCGGGAGAUGGCCCUCGCUAAGAGCUCCAAGGUCAUGCCGUACGAUGAGGUCGUUUUGGAGGUCCUGAAGCAGACCUUCGUGCCGGCCAAUCGACGGCUAGCUUUGCCAGGCCUGCUGAAGAUCAUCCAAAAAGCCGUUCGGUCAGCACGACCCCCGUGCCGUCUCGACUGA